AUGGUCACUCGUAAAGCCACCCACGCUGGUUCCUGGUAUACGGACAACAAACAACUCCUGUCCCAGCAACUCGACGGCUGGCUCGGAGAGGUUCCCGAAUCCACGACGCCCAUAGGCUCCGCUUCCUCACAACAAGGCCAAGUCUCGAUACCUACACCACACGCGCGAGCUAUCAUCGCCCCGCAUGCCGGAUACUCGUACUCAGGUCCCGCUGCAGCAUGGGCCUACAAGAGCGCUGACUGGGCGAAUGCCAAACGCGUCUUCCUACUCGGCCCCUCUCACCACUACUACCUCACUGGCGCUGCGACGACAGGCUGCGACAAGUACCGUACACCUCUCGGCGACCUGACUAUAGACACAAAGCUAGUGGAUGAGAUACAAAACCAAUGGGACCUGGAGACAAUGUCAAAAGGAGUGGACGAGGACGAGCAUAGUCUGGAGAUGCACCUUCCGUACAUCUACAAGAUGCUGUCACUCAAGAACACAAACUUCCAGAAUGAUUCGACAUCUGUGCCUCUAGUACCUAUCAUGGUCGGCAACACCGAUGCAGCCAUCGAAGCUCACUACGGCUCCCUCCUCGCGCCAUACCUCUCCGACCCUUCCAAUGUGUUUGUAAUCUCAUCUGAUUUCUGUCAUUGGGGCUCCCGCUUUCGAUACACGUACUACCAGCCCGCCGACGGCUCAGCAGCAACUCAGCUUAGGUCAAGCUCUCGCGUACCGGGCGACUAUCCCAUACACGAGAGUAUUGCUGCUGUCGACCACGAAAGUAUCGACGCGGUUGAGAGUGGGUCACACAAGCAGUUCUUGGAUCAGCUCAGGAAGACUGGCAACACCGUGUGUGGAAGACACCCGAUUGGUCUCUUCAUGGCCGCGGUAGAGAAGGCAGGUGGUUUAGGUGAAGGAAAGGGCAUGUUCAAGUUCCUACGGUAUGAGAGGAGCAGUUUGGUGAAAGAAGUAAAGGAUAGUAGUGUGUCGUAUUGCAGUGCUUUCGCACUCCUCUAA